AUGGAUGAUUGGUCUGAUCAAGGACCGCCGAGAAAGAGGAUGAGGAAGGGGACGAAGAGCUGCACGGAGUGUCGGCGGCGCAAGAUUCGAUGCACAUUCCACCCAGAUCGCCCCGGCGUCUGCAAUGAAUGUCGAUCACGAGGGACGCAAUGCAUCGACCAAGAGCACACCGUCAUUACCCCGCCACUAUCAGGAUCGCAGUUCUCCCAAGGAGAGCAACCGUAUAGUCUUCGGGAACGAGUUGCACAUCUGGAACAUCUUGUGGAAGGCUUGACCAAAAGACUAGAUCGACAAAACUCGCGCACUCCGUCUACUGAGAGGCACGAGUCGACCCAGCCAACGACAUGUCCGAGCAUGAAAAAAAAGUGCCCACUGGAAACCACCUCGUCAGACGAAUUAGGCCCGUCAAGUGACCAGAUCCGAAAUGCGCCAGUGCUGCAACUGUUCGACAAUUAUCUCGUGAGCCGUCGUGAGGAUACCUCAGAUAACGACAAAUUCGCCGGUGUCAAGGACAUGUCGCCCAAAGCGCACGCCGUGCGCACGGAGUUGCUGUCUAUUCUUCCUCCAACAUCGGACGUGAACAAAAUCAUCAAUGCCUCUUUCCACUGGUUCGAGUGGCAAGAUCAUUUCCCAGAGCUGUUUAAUCGAGCCGAUAGGAGGCUUCUUGUCGGUGAAGAUUGCCAUAAAACUCUUGUCGCACCUGCUGAAGUUGCGAAGGCACUCAUGUGUCUUUGCAUUAGUGCAAUUCAUGCACCGGAUGAGUUUGAUUUCCAGGCGUUGACUGAGCCACUUGACCCUCAGGUGUUCUACGAUCGAUGUGUCACCGCGGUUGACCGUUUGAUUGUUCGCGAUGAUGACUUUGCGGCCACAUUGCCAGGCAUUGAGUGCCAAAUGUUGCUUUCAAAGCUGCAUUUGGCCGAAGGCCGCCUGCGAAAAGCCUGGCUAGUGAAUCGUCGAGCGAUUGAAUUUGCCCAUUUGGCAGGGAUGCAUCUCUCAACCAAGGUUCCGAGGCCGGAAGACUCACUAUAUGAACGGCGCCUCAAGAUCUGGUGUUCACUGGGAACAUCAGACAGAUCACUCAGUCUCAUACUUGGCUUGCCCUAUGGUGUAGCGGAGUGCUUUUUCUUACCGCAGGUCAAGCAACGUCUCAAUUCGAAUAUUACCGCCCCAGAGGGAUACUUGCUCCGCAUUGGUGUAAUAACAGGACACAUGGUUGAUAGAAUACAGGAUCCAUCAAACAUGUCUUUUGAGGCAACAAUGAAACUGGACGAAGAACUACAGGAUUCUUGGAAUGCUAUGCCAAUUCAUCUACGGAGUGAGAAUCCUUCGCUGGGCGAAAGAAGGGAGCAUUAUCUCGAAAGAGUGCCAUUGCAAUUCAUGCUCAAGCUGCUUCGUGCACUUCUCCAUCUUCCUCUGAUGUUACAAGCCCCCCACAAACCUCAAUUCAGGCCCUGUCAUAAAAUUGCGAUCGACUCUGCACGAGAAGGUCUAUCACUGUACAAGGUGCUCCGGUCAACAACCAAACCAUAUUUGUGCAAGAUGACAGAUUUUAUGGCCUUCACACUAUGCAUGCUCCUGAUAGUCCAUCUGCAUGGUUAUUCUGAUGAAUCACCCGAUCACAGCACAGAGCAAGACCAAAAAGACUGGGGUCUGGUCGAAAAUGUGGUCGGAAUUCUUCGUCGAGCGGCAACAGAACCUGGAGGCUCAGUUGCCGUUGAAUCCGCAAACAUUCUGGGCGCCAUAUUCGAUAACAGGGAACUGAGGCCAGACUGUUGCAACAUGUCAAGUUGCAAAAUUACCGUGCCUUACUUUGGUACUAUCACAGUAGGUGCUGGAACCAAAUUCUCCAAGUGUGCUGCCAAGUGUGCUCCCAAAUUGAAAGACCUGGAGUCGACUAUAUCCAAUACAGCGGAAGCACAAGCCUCUUGCCCCGGACAGAACUCCUGCUUGCCCUACACGCCGCCUAUCUCUGACCCAGAAGGUCCAUCGACUACCAACACCGAGGUCUUAAAUGGCGACACCCUCACACCAUCUCUGGGCCCUGGAUAUCCCGAUGAAUCCUGGCUUUCAAGAGGAGAGCCACCCACAAACCCAUUUGCUGGCCUGGAAGUCAACGCGUUUAGUGGGUUGUUCGACGACUUUGGCCAGUACAUGUGGCCUAAUCCUAGUGUUGAUCUUGGACUUGAUCAGGGCUGGAACCUGAACUGGUACGAUGCAGUGCCUCCAUAA